AUGCCACGCGCCGCGCCCGGGCUAGGGUUCCCCGCCGCAGCCGCCGACCCAGCGCCCGAGCGCCGCCACCCUCCGUCCUCCCGGCGGAAGAAGCCGCCGCCGCGCCGAAGGCGCCCCGCACCGCCAACGCCACCCGCGCCGCCGGAGGGGCCACGCGGUGCAGCCGAUCCAGAUCCGGGCCUCCUCCACCCCCGCGGCGGCAGCCACGCCUCGCGCGCCACAGCUCCCAGAGGCGAGGACGGCGACGACGACGAGGACGAGGGAGGCUACGACGCGGCGGGCUUGGAGGAGGCGGCGGCCGGCGACUCCUUCUCCCACUCGCUGAAAGCAGAGUGCCAGAAGCAGCUGCAGCGCAGGGCGGAGGCGCGGCCGCCGGCGCCCGCGCAUGAGCUCGGCAACGGCGACGCGUUCGGGGGGAUCGAGCUGCUCGUGCUCUCGCCGAGGUGCUUGCUCGGGGCUGCCGUGGGAGGGAUGAGCAAGAGCUCGACCGCGUCGUCCAGAAGCAGAUCAGGCACGUUUCCGAGCCCCGGGACGCCCAACUACAACCGGCAUUGCGCUGGCAACAUGCAGUACCCCAAGGGCUGGAGCUCGGAGCGGGUGCCGCUGGGGGCAGGCGCCAACAGGAGGUAUGGGGGCAGCGGGGUCGUGCUCCCUUUCAACAAUGGGAGGAAGCUGCCGUCGAAAUGGGAGGACGCCGAGAAGUGGAUCCUGAGCCCGGUUUCCUGUGAUGGGAUGGGGAGGAUGUCGGCACCGGCGCCGCAUCAUAGACGGCCAAAGUCCAAGAGUGGGCCGCUUGGUCACCCUGCUGGUGUUCCAGGAGCUUAUGCAUCUGUUUCGCCGAUGAUUCCCUGCUUCGAUGGUGUUCUGGCGGCCGCUAAUUUUGCGGCUCAUUCGCCUUUCUCUGCCGGGGUUCUCAUGCCAGGGCACGCGCGCAACGGUGACUUCAGCAGUGGGAGAGCCAGAAGUGGGGAUGAUGGAAGCAGUAGGUCGUAUUCGGCUGAGAAGGAACCGUAUAUAUGGAGAUCAGCAAGUACACACGCGUGGACAGAAACACUUAUGGAGGCAUCUGCCUUUGCUCAUAUCUCAGAGGAAGCUGCACAAGAUGAUGUCUUACAAGGCCAACAAGGAGCAACUCCUGUGAUUUCCAGUCCAAUCAUAAAGAAAGAUGUUGCCACACAAAUGAGUCCUGAUGACAGUAUAAUAUCGUCCUCCCCAAAAGCGAGGCAUUCCUGCUCCAGCUUGCCGUCAGGACAUGCUAUUAGAGAAUCAAAUAGUCAUACACCUAAGGUUGAAGUUAGGGAUGUGCAGGUAGAUGAUCAAGUAACUGUUACCCGGUGGUCCAAGCGACAUGUAACACGAGGCUCUGAUAAGCGAUCAACAAAUAUUGUUGAAUGGAGGAAGAAGACUACAGAGGCCCGGGCUCCAUCUUUUGAUGAAAAAGAAAGAGAAAGAUGCAUAUCAAAGUGCAAGAGAGAGGAAGCAAAGAUCACUGCUUGGGAAAAUCUGCAGAAAGCAAAAGCAGAGGCAGCAAUUCGGAAGUUGGAGAUGAAGCUUGAAAAGAAGAGGUCAUCAUCGAUGGAUAGAAUUUUGGGCAAACUACGUUCUGCUCAAAAGAAAGCACAAGGCAUGCGCACUACAGUUUCUGUCAGUGAGGAUCAGUGUGCUGUCAGUGAAGAUCAGUGUGCUGUGAGGGCAACCAAGAAGGCAUCCUUGAGAAGGACUAGCAAGCCUUUCAGCUGCUGUUUCACCUAUCAUGCUUGCUAG